AUGAACCAAACGACUAUCUACAAAAUCACUCAAAUGCAAGAACAAGUUUCCCAACUCGAACAAAAACCCGAAUCACAGACUCAAAUAUCAAGAGAAGGCGGUGUUGCCAACACUCUUAAUCUAAACUUGAUGGGCUUUUGGGACAUUCCUAGAGAAAGAAAUAUCACUGAUCUUUUAAUUGAUGAUAAAGCAAAUGAGAAUGACUACGGGAUCCUCAGAACAAUCGCAAAAAAUACCCACGAUGAAAUGGAGUUAGAGCUGCUGAAAGCUUUGAAGAAGAAUGACAAAGCAGCUGUGUUGCCUUUAUGGUCUGAAGUGCCUUCUGUUCUAAUCGCAAAAUACACAUUUAAGCUUGAAAGCAAUGCAGCUACUCAUGGCUUUCCUCUUCAAAGAUGUCAGCUUUCCUGGGCAGCCGGUCUAUUGCUCUUCGAAACACACAAGCACAGAAGUAAUAGAGCAAGAAAUAAGGCUUCUGUUGUUGAAAGAGAGAAUAACUCUAGGAUCAGUGAAAACCAAGUUAGUGUUGAGUUUCUUCAAAGUGAGGUGCCUUCUUUGGAGUACGCAAACCUAUAUUGUGGUGAUGAAUUUGAGGAUUCUGAAGAUGAAAUCUUUUCGGAAUGGAAAACAACUGUCGUCCUUGUUCUCCUUCUCCACCUCUUCCCUCUUCUCAACCUAAGAAAAGGGCAAACGCAAUGAAGAC